CAUUCACAUUCAAUAUACCAUCUCGGCCUCCGGUAACAGGAAUGGGCCGGUAUACCGUCAUAAACGCGACCAGCGAAGUCGGUCUCGUCCCCCCAAAACCACCGCCUAGCUCCCAGUUCGCUCACCCGGUUCGCUUCUUACCGCCACUACCCUUUCCCCGCUGUGCAGUGCCUGUUCUUGUCCCUCGCUCGCUUGCGACUAUGUCUACCAACACCCCGAUCAAGUUCUGCACUUUCACGAUCCCUGACGGGUCUGUAGUCGAGUACAGCAAGUGGCUUACGCAACCGAUGCACUCCAGGUCCACCCACCCUGCAGGUGCAGUAGUGCGCACGAAGAAGACGAAGACGACGAAGGACGCGAAGAGCGCGAGCAGGCGCCGUGAACAGAACGUGGCGCGCACGGACGACCGACGGGCGAUCUACGCCAGGAUCCUCCAGCUUCAGAGCGGGGUGGCGAGCCUUGCAGCGAAGGCCGACCGUCUGCGGCCUUUUGGCAAGUCCAAGUUCUGA